GACAGACCAGUCGUGGCAACUCGAUGCACACGCACGUUUCGUGUGCACGACUACGUUCUCAGUCCUCGGCAGACUGAUCGGAGCGAUUCUUCGUCCAGCGAAAAUCAAGAUUCGGCAUCAGACCGACCUUUACUCCGGAAUCGCACGCUUGUGAUUGUCUGAUUCGCGAAUCGGAAGGUGCUGCCUGAUCGAAGAAUCUUCGCUGUGACGGAUAUUCAGUCGGCAGAUAAUUGUCCAAAUUUGGCUCGGUCCUGUCAAAGUGAUCUUAAUAACGUGAACGAGUCAGGUGACAGUGCAAUCCAAAGAGGAACAGUGUUGAUAAACUUUAAUGGUAUAAUGCCGGUUCGAAAUCGGUAAACGUUGACGGAAGUCUCGCCGUAAGAAUGAUUAAUCUUGAUACGCGUGAUAAGCUGGGUAAACAUAGAUUUUCAAAACAAACGCGAUCGAGAUAGACCAAUCGAGUGGCGGUUGUUGGACUGAUUGGACUUUGAUAGAAGUGAUCAUCAGGCACAAUUGUGAUCUGGAAGACUAGUGCGAAGGAUGUGCUAAUGUUAUUUUUCUUUUGAAAUAUCGUGUCCGUUUCAUGGUUAAACGAUUGAUUGGCGAACGAUAGGCGGUCUCGAACUUGUUUCUACCUUCAUUGGCGAGACACACGCCGAGCGCAUAAUCGUGCAAAAGUGAGAGGAGAACGCGCCAUAGGAGUCUUAUAUAAAAAUAAUUAAUAAUUGAACGAGCAAGGAAAAGGAGAAAAAGAAAAGCGGAAAUGGCCGGCGGCUCCGCUCUUAUGCGCGGCAAUUAUGUUAAGUGGCCAAUUAGCAAUUAACCAGGGAGCCGAGCCGAGCGGCCCCUUAAUUGCGCCUGGGAAGAAGGUGGUGGCGGAGGUGGAGCGACCGAGUGAGCGGGAGGAAGUGCAAGGUGCACACGCAUCACGACGCAAAUACCUGUCUCACGCGUCAUUUACCUCAGAUUUUUCUGUAAGAUUUUCGCCUUAAUUUUUCAAAUCGUCCUCAGGCUUUUAACGAAUUAAAAGUCCUGACACCACAGCGCAAGACACACAUCUGUAAAUUUCUAAGCUCGAACUUUCGUGAAGAUCCCCGGUAUUAAUGUUUUCGACACGAAUGUUAAUCGCGCAAGAGGUUUCCUGACCCUCUCGCGGAACAAUCAAUCUUUCGAUCGCGAUAAAUUCGAGAUUGAGCGUCAAAUGAUGCCGAACAACGCGCCAAUCGUACGCGCAAGAGAGAAAGAGGAGUGAUCCAGAAAUCGGAUCUACCGAGGAUACAGUGAAGUGCAGUUGAAAUAGAGUGAGAGGGCACGAUCUCUUCUUCCUGGGAUAGGCUACGUCGUCACCGUCGGCAAGAUUCUGUCUCCCAGGUACCGGGCGAGUCCUGGGGUGGCGACAGAGGCACCUGCAGGUGCCCGUAGCCCGAAGGAACCAUCUGCGUCUACCGUGAUGACGGUCCAUCAUCAGCAGAACCACCACGUGGCCGCUCUCAGUGGCGUCGCCGUGGCCAAUAACGGUCUGAAUCUCAGCAGGAUGUCCGGCCUGGAGGCGCAUCGGCUGGAGAACAUCGUCGAUCGGAACGGCGUAGCGGUGGAACGUCUCUCCAACGGGCUGGACUCGCGGAACAACAAUUUGAACAAUAACAACGGUUUGGAAAGGGGCGAUGCCUCGACGACGAUGCCGCAGAGGUCGAGGUUCAUGAUCACCGAUAUCUUGGGCGGCGCGUCCAGCAAGAUGCAUCAAUCCGGCCUGCCAAGUCAGGAGCCACCCGGAAGUCCACCCUCGACACCGCGGGACCUCAGUGUCAGGCAUCAGUCCAGAACGUCCUUGAGCAAUAGCAAUCUAGACGAGGACAGCGACGCCAGCCACCACGACGGCGCUUCCGUUACGUCCAAUGGUGGCAAAGAGGAUGAUCCUAAAAGCUCGUCCUCGAGUUCUCUGGGUUCCGCGCAGAGUAAGAAGCAGCGCAAGGCGCGCACAGCUUUCACGGAUCACCAGCUUCAGACCCUCGAGAAGAGCUUCGAGCGGCAAAAGUACCUCAGCGUGCAGGACAGGAUGGAGCUGGCGGCGAAACUGCAGCUGACGGACACGCAAGUGAAAACGUGGUACCAAAACAGAAGAACGAAAUGGAAGCGACAAACGAUCGUGGGUUUCGAGAUCAUGGCCGAAAACAAUUUCGCCGUUGCCGCCUUCCAGCAUCUGUACAGCGGCAGCACCGCGACCAUCCCCGCGCAUCCUGCCGCAGGACGCUACUGGCAGUAUCCCAGCGCGCACGCGUUACCCGCGAACGGAUUCUUCUACCAGCCAUCAUCGGCGGCGGCGACUCUGCAGAAGCCGCUACCCUAUCGCCUGUAUCCGCCCAUGAUCCUAGCGGGGCCGAGCAAUCCACUUGGCUCCCUGACCGCGAGCUCCAGCCUGUCGACUCUCAGCAACUACUACAGAGACAGCCCGGAGAUGGCCGACGGCCGGGAGUCCUCGAGGAAGAGGGACAGGAGCAAGAGCCCGGAAUCGAGAGACAGAUCACCGACUAGAAAGCCGGCGAGACUGUACCCGCUGCAGAUGAUGCAGGCGGGUCCUAGCAAUCCUCUCGGCACCAUGCCGACCUCCAACAUGAACAACUACUACCGAGGCAGUCCGGAGUUAAUGGAGGGGAGGGAGAGUAUGGACAGAUCGAGGAAGCAGGAGAGGAGCAGCAAGAGCCCGGACUCCAGGGACCGAUCGCCCCUCAGGAAGGACGUUAGAUCUUAUCCCUCGACGAUGAUCCAGGCGGGUCCCAGCAACCCUCUCGGACCCCUCGCGACCGGCUCGAACUUAUCGAACCUGAACAACUACUACAGAGACAGUCCGGAGAUAGUGGACGGGCGGGAAGGCAUGAACCGAACGCGACAGCGUGACAGGAGUCAGAGCCAGGACAGAUCGCCCGUGCAGAGGGAGGACAGUCCGCGGAGUGUGAGGGCUGACAGCGACGAGGAGAGCAUACACGACAUCUAGGGCAUGGAGAAUCCUGGUACCGGCGGUGGCACGUCGGGGGUAUUGCACGAGAAGGAAGACAAGUAUGUCCUGCAGGAUAAUUAGGAAACGAAAUGCCGUGUGGAAUGGAUUGAUUUCCUUACCGACGAUCACUUCGGAAUGGACGGAACGAAGAAUUCACAUCAGAAAAGAUAGAGAAGCUGUCAAGGGGAACAUGAUCCCUUUGGAAGUGCUCUCGUGUGAAAUCGGGCAGCUAUUGAAACGUAGGGCAAGCUUGAAAGUAUACUGACUGACGCGAUAAACUCAUCGCGAGAGAAGAGCCGAUACGGAUAAUUAAAAUCAAAUUCACUUAACUAGCAUUAAUCAGUCAAUUUCGAACGAGAGAUAACGAAGUCGCUCAAAUUUCAGCAGCUAUUGCAUUAACAGUUCAUAAAUAAACAAAUCGAUUCCCACAUGGAGAAUUUGUCGGGAGAUCGGUCGAUAAAAUUUAUAUAAUUCUGAAAGGAACGCGCUGUAUAUAUACAUAUAUAUCCUUGAGAACUUGCAUCGAUCCACGCAGCUAUCGCGAAUCCGAGCGAAGAAGAAACGAAUGCAGCUGAUACAACGAGACCGUUUAAAAUGCUAAAUACCGAAGUGUUGAACGCAAGCAUCGAGGAGAGACUAAGUAUAGAGAUUACUUCACAUCACCGGUUAUUUUAAAAUCUGGAGAAAGCGAAGUGAAGAGAGAUCCGGGAUUCUCGCGAAGUUCUGAAGCGAAGUCGCGCGGCGAAAUGAGAUGCGAACGGAACGGCACGGCGGCCGAUUUCGUGAGGUAUAACAGGAAGUGACAUAGCACGGGACGUCCGGGAUUUUGUAGAUAAUGAGAGCGAACAGGAAAUAUCGUGCGGUUAACCGAACUUCGUGAUUUGAGCGUUCAGUGAAUGGCGGGUUACGGUGAAACAAUAUAUUCAACGUUGAUACGAUCGGGCGUGUAUUAUAGAGAGCGGACGAAAGUAAAGAUCCCCGUGCCUCACCGAAACAUUAUCCCUCGGACAAAUGGAGACUCAUUAUUACUCGUUCAUUGUCCAUUCGUUAUUGCAUUUUCCAUUCCUUCGCGUGGCUCGUACGAUUGGCCCGUCGCUUGAAAAAGGAAAACUUGUUUUUCCAAUACUUUUACAAUUUGCAGAGUAAAAUUAUUUACGUUCACGAGUUUUAUUUCGAUCACAAUUAUCGGUAAUUACACUGCGAUAAUUAUUUAAUUUGGAUUUACGUGUUGAUUAAUUUUAUUGCGAAUUUUAUUGCUCUCUUUAAUAUUUAUAAUUAAAUUACGUUCUUCACCGCGAUAUAACAUGCAUUUUUUUAAACGAUUCUCUUAACAUCAAUGAUUUCCUUGCAGAAUGAUGUAAGAGUUUGUACAGGCGAAUGAUAUUACAUUAUCGACAAGAAAUUUCGCUGUGCCAAAAGUUUAUAUUCAAUUUUUUAAAUCUUACACAAUUUUAAAUAAAAUUCUCGCCCCUCUGAUGCCGAGAAUGCUCGUACAUCUGCAAAGAAAUCAAUCGAUAUUUGCGAUUACGGUGAUUUUUGUGUGGUUUUCAAAAUUUAUCGCAUGCAUUCAAUUUGCAACACGGUCUAAUGCGAUCCGUUCAUAGCAACGAAUACUUAUAAGGAACCAUGUCGAUUAGAGAACCCGGCUCGAUUGGACGGUUUCGUGUGUCGAGGACGGUUACAGUCGCGCCAGGAAACGGGCCAAUCGCGGACGAACGCGAAUGUACAAUUAAUAUGACAUUAGAGGGGACCUAGCCGCGGGGGAAGAAAUCUAAAAUGACACGAAAUUACACGCGGUCGCCACGAACGACAAAAAAAGGAGGGGGCGGCAAAUGGGGCAUCGAACGCGAAGAGAGGAGAAGGGGGAGGGGAGAGUCUCGACUAUUCAAAUAACUGCGUUCUCGUGUCGGCGGAGCAAAACCUGGCAUUUUACCUGCCGUUCUUCCCCCCGGGAAGACGAACGUAUCGGGCCGGCUUAAUUAAUAUCGACGAGAUCUACAUAAGUGACGGUGAUGGUCCCGAAAAUUGCACGACACACCGGCGACCGGUAAUUUGUGAACGACAACGGCAGCGGACUCACAUAUAUUUUCUUCUUUCUUAGAAAAAAAAAAAAGAUCGAUACCUUGAUCGUGGUAAACGGAGUCGUAGUAUCGAUUGUUGUAAGUUAAAUACGAAUUACGUGUGGGAGAAUCCUCGUCAUACCAUUGGUAUGAGUCCUUGUUGUCGGUUAAACGACACACAGUGAUAGGCGAUUCGCACGAUAAACGACGAUGACGAUGCGACGUUUGCGUCAAAUGAUGAUUACAUGUCUCUACGCGAUACGUUUCCAUUCUCUUAAGGCCGAAAAUUAUACCGAAUCUUACGCGGAAAAUUGCUAAAAUGUUCUCGGAACUAUGACGAGACUGGACACGAAUGGAGUUAGACAUUAACGAGAACUCGUUAUCUGAUGAGAAGUAAAACUAUCUAAUUAGGUAGCAAUUCUUGCGUCGUUGGUACGAUCGAUAGAUUAAAUCGGUAGUUCCAAAAGAUAAAAAAAAAACGUUAAUGUUGAAACGGAGAAAUGUUAAAUAUUCCUUACAAAAACGGGAAACUAAGUUUUGUACCGAUCGAACGUUCUCGUCUACGGAAUUCUCGUAGCAGCGAGUUGGUUCGUUCGACACGAGCGAUUUUUCAACUUCGGUCUCGUAAAAAUGUGAGCUGCGCUAUCCACUUUGUAAAUAUGACCAUCCACGCGUAGAUGGAGAUACAUACGAAAGCUGUAAAUAUACGAAGAUGGGGAGAGGGGGAAUCGGACACGAGCCUCUACGGGAUGAAGACGCGCGAGGACGGAACGAGUCCGUGAGACUUGAAGCCAAGAUACGAGAUGCGAGAUAUUUCAAAGUAUUUUUCAGAUUUCAGUAUACGUAGCGAGUACGCGAGACGCGUUCUCGAGAGAUCGAGCGUCGCGAGACGUUUUCUCUUUUUUUUUUUUCUUUCGCCGGCGAGAACGCGGCGUUUCGAUAUUUCGACGACACGACACGCGACGCGUUCGAUAAGGACAUACCAGUAUUAUGAAUGUAUAAAAUUAGGCUGUACAACGUGCGAGAAAGAGAAAGAGGGUCUCCCGUGCGGAAACGCAGAUGCGUCCCCGGGAAAUACCGCCGGCGGACGUCGACCCGCACGGCGCGUUUAGUAGUUUAAGUAACGCAGCAAGAAGUACUUAGAGUAUAUGAAAACCCAUGCUUUGUAAAAUAAUGUCUGUAUAGCGAGAAUUAUUAUAUUAUAUGGAAAAUAUAUUAUACUGAAUUUAACGUGUUUUGCGUUCUUCUUUCAGAUCCGUCGCGCCGAAUGCGUUCCCUCGCG